CAUCAGGCGCAGGAACAAUGGCGAAAGUUUUCAGCAUCCGUAUUGUUAUAGCUAUGGCCGUAGGCAUUGUUGCUUUGUCGAUGAUGCUGGAUGAAUGCGCGUUUGGUGCCAGUGCAGAACCUAAGGUUUCAUUAACACUUCCUCGUAAAAAUUUCCAUUCUCCGCUGAGGCAUAGAUUUGGGCCUCCGAAACGUACCGCCGGGACACCCAGGAAGCCUAAAAAACCCGCUGCAUCUGCUGAACCUAAAGAACCUGCUAAACUUGUUGCCACUCCUCCACCUCCUUCAGAUUCAGUGACUCCUCCCCCCCUUGACAUUGCUCUACCGGAGGCAUCUGCUCCGUCCUCUGCAGGCGCACAUAUCCAAACAGCAAUAAUGGGAGUGUCAGCCGGCCUUAGUGGCUACGCCAACUCUCGUAUGAUGUAUGGUAUGUAUGGCAACAUGUACGGUGGCAUGUAUGGCGGCAUGUAUGGCGGUGGCUACGGCUAUGGCACCGGUGCCGGCGGCUAUGGUGGUGCUGCUGCUGGUACUACUGACGCUGCAAAUGCUACUGCGACUGCUACUGCGCCUGCUACCAACCCUGACCCGACUGGCGCUGUUGGAUCGCCUGGUCCUUCUGAUGGCGUGGCUGGUGUUCCUCAUGGUUCCGGGGUUGCUGCUGUUGCUCCUGGCGUUCCUGUCGCUCCCGUACCUGCUGGGAGCACCGUAGGCCCGGAAGCUGCAAGCCUGCCCACGAACAGCUGAACAUCGAUGAAAACGCAUUGUAGUAACUAUGUGCUUCAAGCACAAUAAAGCAUAAAAUACAGAUUUGUUUGGACCUCUGGAGAUAUUUGCAUAUUAUUUUUUCAAGCAGCUCCCAAACUCGUUACAGUCAAACUGCAAUGUUCAUUUUUCAUGCUGAUUGGUGCAUUUACAUCAUAAGCAUAUCAAAUAAAGAAAAAGAGAACA